GACACGGUCUGCAAAUAAGAAAAAAACCAACGCGUUCUGCAGAGCUGCGCGACAUGGCCUUGGAGUAACCAGUUGUCACCUGAGACCAGUCUCUGUGGACCACAUCACCAUGGCACCACCUUCACUUGAUACCAGAAAAACUUGUUGUCUCACAGUGCAUCCAUUCAGAAGGUGACGUGCGCGAAGACUUAAGCGGAGAGAUGAAGCGGCCCUCCAUGUGGAAGUAGAUAAGAAACUGUUCGAUUUGUGUUUGUGGAAAAAUGUCUGCGGGUCGCAACAGUCUCGUUUCAUUUCUAGGCUCAAGCGCGUGUUUUAAAAACUUCAAUCAGCUGAACGGGAGGAAAUGGCACAAAGAAAGGUGUCCAAACGGGAAUGUACAAAAACGCUGCCGUAACACAAGAUGUCUGCGAUGGCCUUGUGUUAGACUUACAAGUUUGUCCCCGUCGUCCUCAUUUAUGAUAUUGACUGUGCUCGCCGUGCUUUUUCUCAAAGCAAAUGUGACGGCAGCAAUAAAAGUGACCUCCAGCGGGCCACAAACCAUUCAGAUGGCUCAAGGGGAACCGGUCGCUCUGGACUGCACCUACGCGUCAAGUCAAGCAGACAUAGGCGAGCUCGACAUUGAGUGGUCGGUUGUCAGCCCAGACACCACAAAAAAAGACCAGAUGAUCAUAUCGUACACAGGUGGAAAGAGAUACACCCAUGGCGACUCUGUUAUAAUGAAAGGAGUGGACUUCACCGCUACAGACCCUUCCCAAGGAGAUGCGUCUCUAUCGAUCGCCUCGCUGAGCGCCGGUCAUGCUGGAACGUACCAGUGCAAAGUCAAAAAAGCACCUGGAGUGGACAGCCGGAAAAUAUCGCUGAUCGUGAUGGUGAGGCCGUCUGUGCCGAAGUGCUGGGUUGAUGGUGGUGAAGCAGUGGGUGAAGCAGCAUCUCUCCGCUGCAGGUCGGAUGAAGGUACCGCACCUCUACUGUAUUCAUGGAGGCCCAUUCCUCCAGAUGCCAUUCAGAACUCCGUCACAGGAGAACUUCUGAUCAGUAAUCACUCUGUAAGCCACUCCGGUGUCUAUUCCUGUGAAGUUUCCAAUGCUGUUGGGAAACAGAGCUGUCGGCUUAACCUUCAAGCUAUGAAGCCUCCCAACAGAGCGGGGGUCAUCGCAGGAACCAUCGUUGGAUGUUUACUGCUCAUCAUGAUCAUUCUGAUAAUUGUAUUGCUUCUGGUCUUCAAAUGUAACUGGAAUCGACACGAGAAAGAGUUCUCCAAUGAGAUUAGAGAGGACGCUCCAGCGCCUGAGAGUCGCCCCACCAGCCGAAUCUCCAGCUUCCGUUCCGGUGUGGCCUACAGCCAGGUGGGCCAAACCCAAAACCAGCAUCCGGCCUCCACUAACACCAGCUACAGCACUGCAAAAUAUGACAGCAGGUUUGGUUAUGCUGUAUGAGAGACUAGUCGUACUUAUAUUAUAGAUUCUCAUUGGUUUGCAUUGGAUUUAAUCAUGUCGCAAGAUAAUGGAAUGGAGAAUGGAAUCAAAACGUACAUCCAGUGUAAUUAUAGUAUGAUAGAAGGAUACAUUAUGUCUCAGAAUAAUGAUACUGUAAGAUGAUGUUGGUAGACCUCUUAUCGAGACAAAAAGUCAAUAUAUGUGUGUGAGGAGCUUCCAUUAUUGAUGUUUUUUUUCUAGAUAAUCUAGUAAAUAUAGAAAUAUUUUUUUUAUGAUUUUUGGAUGUUGAUGGUCAUGAUUAAACAUAAUUAAAAAGCCAUUUAAAUUUAAUGAGAAAAGGAAAUCACAAAAAAUAAAUUAACAUGCAGACCGAUAAAUCUCUUUAUUCGCAUGUGUUUUUUUUUUUUUUUAUAAAACAUGUUUGUUUGGCUGUUGUUUUGUCUCUACUUUUACCUGAAAAAUAAUUACUGAAACUAUUAUUAUUUUUGUUACAAGAAGAAUAUCUUUCAAUGUGACUGAAAAGUUAAAUUUGUAUGUUGAGUUUGCAAUAAAAAAAAAAAUGAAAGAAA